AUGCAUACCGAAUCACCUCUUACGCCUUCUCAAAUUGAAGAGAAGAUACAGAAUGCUAUUAUUGCACUUCAAUUGAAGGACUUUAAAUCAAUUAGAAAGGCUGCGGAGUAUUUUGAAGUUCCUAAGUCAACUCUCAUAGCUAGGGUCGCUGGAAGGAAAUCACAUACUCAAUCCCACGAAAUGACUCAAAUUCUUUCAAACGCAGAAGAAAAUACUCUUGUACGAUGGAUUUCACGACUUACCAUCACUGGAUUCCCUGCUACACCUAUGUUGGUGAAGGAAAUGGCCGACGAAAUUCGUCUUCGACGCGUUCAGGUCGCGUCAUCUCGAAUUCCUACCUCGACAGAAAUUCCACCUAUAGGCCACGAAUGGAUCUAUAGAUUCCAAAAACGACAUCCAGAACUUAAAACAUGCUAUUCACGUCAAUUAGAGUCUAAUCGGGCUAAAGUGGCAACUCCGGAGAAUAUUCAGGCUUGGUUUGAUGCGUUUCGUAUGCGUCUCAUUGAACGAAAGUAUGAAUUAGAUGAUAUGUAUAAUAUGGACGAAACCGGAUUUGGAGUUGGAAGUACUCAAAGUACGCGUAUUAUAGUCGAUUCUACUCAGAAAUCGAAUUGGAAAGUUACAGCUGGCAAGCAAGAAUGGAUAACUGCAUUUGAAUGUGUCAAUGCAGCUGGAAAGGCUCUAUCACCUAUGAUCAUUUUCAAGGCUCAGAAUACGAAUUCUGCAUGGAUUCCAAAGGACACGCCUCAAAGCUGGCAGUUUUCUACGAGUACGAAUGGAUGGACCUCAAAUAGUCAUGGAUUAGAAUGGCUAAAAAGGGUUUUCGAACCAGAAUCCAAGAAAGUGUCAGGUGACCGACCUCGACUUUUGAUCAUGGAUGGCCAUUCAAGUCAUAUUACAGGCAGCUUUAUUGCUUUCUGUAUAGAGAAGGAAAUCGAUUUACUUAUAUUACCUCCUCAUUGCUCCCACUUGCUUCAACCACUUGAUAUUGCGGUGUAUGGGCCAAUGAAACGAUAUCAUGCUUUAGAGGUCGAUCGAUAUUCUCGAGCUGGUGUAAAGCGAAUUCAAAGAGCUGAAUGGGUAGAACUCUUUCAAAAUAUUAGAAAAAAAGCACUGAAUUCUUCUAAUAUUAAAGCUGGUUGGAGAGGAGCUGGUUUAGUACCUUUUGCCCCACGAAAAGUACUCGAUAUAUUACCAUUUAACUCCUCCCAACAACCUUCUACUCCACAAAUGAGAAUGUCCAAUCAAGAUCUAGACUUAUCUAUACUCAGGAGCUCUCCUCCAGAUGGGACAGAGCUAAGGCAAGCAAAUCAAACCUUUAAUAAAGCUCUAGCAGAUAAUGAUUCUCUUGCAUCACCAACUCGUCGAUAUGCCAAGAGAAUGACUAGGCUUGUAGAAUCUCAAAAUGCUGAGAUAGCCCUACUUCGGAAACAGCUCGCUGAUGCUCAGGAAGUAAUUGAGACUCGAAAGAAGAGAACUAAAGGCAAAAGAGUCAAAUUACAAGGUCAAUUUGUCUUUAGUAGUGAGGAAGUACUGAAAAUGGUACGUGAGGCGGAGGAAAAACCGAAGGAGAAAAAGCCACGAGGGCGACCACGUAAACGUCCAAUUGAAGAAUUAGAAGAGGAGACUGAAGAAGAAGAGCCAGAGAGUAGUUCAAGUGAUUUAGAGUUGGAAUUGGAUGAAUGUGUAGCUCGUAGAACAAGAUCACAUAGAGAGAAUUGA